AUGGAUCACGAAGGGGAAGCUAAGAGGACUGAUUUGAUGACUAUCACUCGCUUUGUUCUGAAUGAGCAGUCAAAGUAUCCAGAAUCACGCGGCGAUUUCACCAUCCUCCUCAAUCACAUUGUUCUUGGCUGCAAGUACGUUUGUUCUGCUGUUAACAAGGCUGGACUCGCCAAACUUCUAGGACUUGCUGGAGAAACCAACGUUCAGGGUGAGGAGCAAAAGAAAUUGGACGUGCUUUCUAAUGAGGUGUUUGUUAACGCCUUAAUCAGCAGCGGGCGCACUUGCCUUCUUGUUUCUGAAGAGCUUGAAGAGGCUGUUUUUGUGAAGCCAAAACAGCGUGGAAAAUACAUUGUUGUAUUUGAUCCUUUGGAUGGAUCCUCAAAUAUUGAAUGCGGUGUUUCUAUUGGAACUAUCUUCGGCAUUUACGCAGCGAAGGACAAAGAUAAAGUUACACUUGAUGAUGUCUUGCAACCUGGGAACAGAAUGUUAGCAGCUGGUUACUGCAUGUAUGGUAGCUCUUGCAUGUUCGUGAUUAGCACAGGACAUGGUGUAAAUGGUUUCACACUUGAUCCUUCCCUUGGAGAGUUCAUAUUAACUCACCCAAACAUCAAGAUACCGAAAAAAGGGAAUAUUUAUUCAGUGAAUGAAGGAAAUGCCAAAAACUGGGAGAAACCAAUCACCGAGUAUGUGGAUAAUUGCAAGUUUCCUCAAGAUGGUUCUUCACCAAAGUCCCUUAGAUACGUUGGAAGUAUGGUUGCAGAUAUCCAUAGAACAUUGCUUUAUGGUGGUAUUUUCAUGUACCCUGCUGAUAAGAAAAGUCCAGAUGGAAAGCUAAGGCUUCUCUACGAAGUGUUUCCAAUGUCAUAUUUGUUGGAGCAAGCUGGAGGUCAAGCUUUUACAGGAAAAGGAAGGGCACUUGACUUGGUUCCAAAGAAAAUACAUGAACGAUCGCCUGUAAUCCUUGGAAGUUACGAAGACGUGGAGCACGUGAAAGCUUUUUAUGCUGCAUCCAAAGCAAAUGGUGCAUGAAUAUUGAAUAUCAAUUGGUCCUUGCAUUAUUAGCAGUUAAGUGGGUGGCACAUCUUUCUUUCACUUGUUUCCUUCUUGUCAGGAAUUUGUUUUAGUGAGUUCCUUAAUUCAUAAGAUCCAUAGUAUUAGGCAGCACAAGGUGUUUAAUCACACAAGCUCGUGUUUCUAGUUCUAGUACUAAUAAGUGUAACAGGG